AUGAAGUACUUGGCCGCCUAUUUGUUGCUAAACGCUGCUGGCAACUCUGCCCCAAGCGCCGAAAAUGUCAAGACCGUUUUGGAGUCUGUUGGCAUUGAGAUCGAAGAAGACAAGGUUUCUUCCUUGUUGAGCUCUUUGGAGGGCAAGUCCGUCGAGGAAUUGAUCGCCCAAGGUAACGAGAAAUUGGCCGCUGUGCCAGCCUCGUCCGGUGCUGCUGCCCCAGCUUCUGGUGCCGCCGCUGGUGCCGAUGCCGCCGAGGAAGAUGCUCCAGAGGAAGAGAAGGAGGAAUCCGACGACGACAUGGGAUUCGGUUUGUUCGAUUAG